CUCGACUCUCUUCUCCUCCCACCCCCACCCCCCCUAAACACACACACACACACACACACACACACACACACCAAUCGACAUGGCCAAGUCUUCCAAGCCCUCCAAGUCCUCCAAGUCCAAGUCCUCCAGGUCCAAGUCCUCCAGGUCCUCCAAGGCCAAGGGUGACGAGGGCCAGCUCCGGAAGGCCAUGAUUGAGUACUUUACACGGGAGAAUCGGCCGUUCAACAACACCAACCUGGUGGACGGCCUCGCCGGCAUGUUCACCCGCACAGCUGUUGUCAAGAUGAUGGACGUUCUCGCAGACGAAGGCGUGUUGACCAAGAAGAUGUACAAGAAGCAGAAGAUCUAUGUCAUCUCGCAGGACAAUCUGCCUCAGCUGUCCGAGGAGGAGCUCGCCGAGGUCGACGCCAGCAUCGCGGAACUCCAGGCCGAGGUGGAGGAUCUCGACUCAGCCCUGGUCAACCUCGCCGGACGUAACAAGGCACUCGAAGCGAUGCCGACCAACGAGGCGCUCCAAGCUGAGCUCAGUGCGCUCCGCGAAGAGUAUGCGAGCAAGUCGGCCAAGCUCGAGAAGCUCGAGCUGUCGGACCGAGAGAUGCUCUCGCGAGACGACCUCAACAAGCUGGCAAACGUCUACGCCGAGGCGCACAAGACAUGGAAGAAGCGCAAGCGCAUCAUCAAGGACUGUGUCGACCUGCUCGCUGAGAACUCGGGCAAGAAGCCCGCAGCGCUGCUGGAGCUGAUGGGCGUCGAGACCGAUGAGGAGGUCGGCGUCGACAUCAAGGCUAUGCCCGUCCCCGAACCGCCCAAGAAGAAGCGCAAGCUUCUUGGCCGCUAGCUGCCUGCGUUGUCCGCAGCAUGGCCGCCGCGCCGCAGUGCUCCAGCGCAAAGCAUCCGUAAAUGACACAGCUUUCCUCC